AUGUCUGCACGUAAGAAACUCAAGGCUUCGCUGAAGAAGGGAGAAUCGCUCGACGAUGUUUUCCUGCGGCUGAAGCUCAACCAAGCAGGCGACAAGCUCUUGGAGAAGCCGCAGUUCCUUCUCUGGCUUAAUUAUGCCGACGAGCUAGCUUCCAAGACCGGAAAGGAAGUGUCGGCAAUCACGACACUGACAACUCAGUACGGAGACAUAUCACUGGCGAAGUUACUGCAAGCAGAUUCGAAGGUCGUGAAGACAAAAGAAAUCGCGGUAAAACUCGAGCUCUCUCAGAUGCAGAGGUGGUUAGCUGGUGGCAACACGGCUGACGACAUUUUCAAGCUGCUUAAGCUGAACAGGGCGGGGGAUGACCUGCUGAGCAUCAAGAAGGCGACGGUGUACGCAACACUGACGACUCACUAUGGCGACGACGCUCUGGCUCGGAUGGUCGAAGCGGCCAAGAAGGUGAAAGGCAUGGCAGGUUUAGCGAAACGAAUCGAGGCGACGCAAGCCCAGUAUUGGCUGAGCAGGAAGCAGACUCCCGACGACGUCUUCAAGCUGCUGGGGCUGAACAGCGCCGGGGAUGACGUUCUGGCGAAUCCAGCUCUGAGCACUUGGACCAACUAUUUGAACACUUUCCUCCGGAAGUACCCUGACGAGAAGUGGACAAUGAUCGGGACGCUUACGGGUUAUUACGUCGACGAGGCUGUGGAUCCGAGCUCUGCGAGUACUGCCAAACGCGUUACAAGCGUGCUGUUUAAGAACUGGAUGGAUCGACGCAACGCCGUAUCAAACUCCUUUAGAGCGCUAAGACUCGACAAAGCCGGAGAUCAACUGUUCCAGGACCCGCUGUUUGUGUACUGGAUGAAGUUCUUGGACGAGUACAAUCGGGUGUCUCCUCGCAAAAAGGCUUCAGCCCUGCCAAUUUUGAUGAGAACGUACACGGAUGAAGAACUCGUGAAAAUGCUCUUCGAGGCAGCCCAAAACCCGGCCACCAAGACAAUUGCGACUGGGUUGAAGGGUCAAAUGCUCAACGAGAUUCUGAAAUCUGGAAACAAAUCGCUGCUGAAACUCGAAGGCUUCGUCGAUUUUACCAAUGCGCUGCCUAACGCGACGGCUACAGAUUAUGUGAAGUAUUUCCACAAGAUACUCAAUAGUGCGGAGGAAAACGUGGAUACCAGUUCGGUCUCCUUUAUGCGGCACAAAGCGGAUAUGUUUCAACUGCAGCUGACGACGAAAGUCAACGUGAUGCAGCAAACCUGCCUGGCGACCUACAAAUUCACAAUGGAGCCGAUUUCGCUCGAGCGCAUUGACGUGCUGGAAUCCAAAAUGCGCGACUUAGAGGAGGAAAUUCCCGACCUUCGCGUCAAGGGCGCCACAAUUGCUUCAAUCCAGCGCUUCGACUGUAAACAGUUGAGUGAAGGAUGUGUCAAAAGCAAGAAAACGAUCGAGAAGCUAAGUGGUGAUGCGGCUGAGCUGAGCACAACAGUCAAACUACUAAAUGGCGUUGUUACAUCUGAAGUGUCAGCUAUCAAGAACUACAAACAAGCUUCGACAAGAGCGGAGUGA